UUUGGAAGCGGCUAUCCAGGCCCUCAUUGCUUCAAAAGCAUCCACCUGUCUGUGGGUGGUAAAUCUGUAACUGCGCAGAUAGUCGACGAGUGCCCGGGCUGCCCGCACGGCGGUCUCGACCUCACAGAAGGUCUCUUCCAGCACUUCGCACCUUUGGACAAGGGUGUACUCAAGGGCUCUUGGUACUUCCUUUGA